GUUGAGCCAUACUCGUAUCGAAUGAAUGAUAUAUUUAUUGUAUGUUCUGUCCGUGUCUAGCUUCCACGGCUUCGAGUGGUGUGAAGCGACUUUUCUGGAGAAACCAGUAAACUACAAGGGGAAAGAUGACAUUAUUUUAUGCCUUGAUUCUGAUUGGUGGGGUGAUGCAAUGCAGUGCGCAUGCUCUGACAGUAGAGCAGCUGGACAAACAGAUUGAGCGCAAAGUCAAUGCUCUCACACCGCCUCAGUCUAGCCAAACUAUUGCUCACAAACUCAUGUCCAACUUUCUUGGUUAUGACGACACCGACGAACCAUCGAGGCGAAUCCGACGUGGGUCGGAAAACCUCGUGCGGGCUCGACGGAAGUCGGAAAGCUAUAACGUGGUUUAUCUGAUUGACUCGUCCAACUCGCUUGGUCAGCGAAACUUCACGAUUGCACUCAACGCGCUCAAACUGUUGACUAGCAAGUCCAGGCCGGGGACGCGGUUUGCGGCGAUCACCUUUGCGGACACCGCUAGGAUCAGCUUUCCUUUCACAACAAGGAAGGAAGCGUACCGCCAGCUCAGCAAGGUCCCGUUCAUCGCAGGCACUACCAACACCCAAGAAGCUUUAAAUCUCGCACAGCGAGAACUCUUCGGCAAAAAAAACUCCGGAGCUACCCCGGGAGCCAUCGGACGGGUAUUGAUCAUUACCGAUGGAUUAUCGAAUGUGCAGAGAAACCUUACGCUGUUCAACGCUUAUAAGCUAAAGAUGGCGGGUCCGGAGAUCUACGUGGUGGCUGUUGGGCAAUACUUGUACGGCUUACAUGAGCUCGUCGGGCUGGCUUCGUCAACAGAAAAUCACCUCUUCAGGGCGCAAAGCAUGAGGGGAUUGGAAGGUGCGGUGAGGCUUAUACCUAAACCAAGCAUGUACCGAAAGUACUACAAACACAGGAACUAAAAGAUUGUUCACUGGUAAUGAAGAAGGCACAGGAAAAUAAAGCAGAGUAAUGGACGAAGUGAAGGGGCUAGAAAUGGUUAGGUAUAAAUAGGAUAAUUGGUAUUUUUUAUACUACUUGCUGUAGCCGAAAUCAACUAAACCUCAUUUUUACCAAUGUCAUCGUCGUAAUCAUCUUCAGCUUAAACAUCAUGACCAUCAUCUUGUUCCCAUCAUCAGCAUCACCAAAAUCAACAUUAACAUUAUCACAAUUUCUUUAAUUAUAACAUCACAAUUUCUUUCAUUAUAAUCAUCAGGUAUUAAUCAUAACCAGCAUCAAUAACAGCAUCAUUGUUGUCACUGAUGUGAUCGUCUUCAUAAUCAUCAACUACACGUCAUCACCAUCAUCAACAACUUUAUCACCAUCAUCAGCAUCACCAACAUCAACACAACAAUUUUAACCCCAUCAUCAGCAUCUCCAACAUCAACAACUUCAUUAACAUCGCCCUAAACAUCAUCAGCAUCGUCAACUGCAACAUCACAAUCAUCACUAGCAUUGUCGUAAACGUCAUCCCAUCUACCCAGGAUUUCAAACGUAAACAAAUAGAAAUAAAAACCAUUUAACUAGU